AUUAGAUUCAGAAGCUUGACCAGGUAUACUCAUUUCACUUGAGGGUUAUUAGUCUCGACAUGGGCCACGGAAACUCUAACAAACUCUAUAUUACACAUGCUGAACAUGCUGGCGAAUUCGGACAGCAUUCUGCAUCGUCCGGGUACAAAGCAAAGCUCCAAGCACCACAUCCCGGAGCGCAAACGCCAUUCGACUGCUGCGCGCUUUCUUUCCAGGCAUUUAAUCAUCCAGUAUGCGCCCGAAAUGCGGAUGGAACAGGCCUCGUGUUUGACCUUGUAAACAUUAUCCCUUGGCUAAAGCAGCAUAAGAAUACAAAUCCCAUUACCAAAGAGUCUCUCUCACCAAGUGACCUGAUAACACUCCACUAUUCGCGCAAAACAUCUGGCGAAAUCCAUGAUCCAAUUUCAUUCAAGCCAUUCAGCGAGCACUCGCAUAUCGUAGCAAUUGCUACCACAGGCAAUGUUUUUCUUGCAGAAAGUAUCAAAGGCGGUAAGGAUCUCCUUGAAGACGUUAAAUUCAAGAAGGAGGACGUCAUCACAUUGCAGAACCCCCAUGGUCUCCCACCCUCAUCUACAAUCAAUGCUAGUGCUAUUACCAUUGAAAAGAAGGAACAAGAGAAGACCAAACCAACCACUGUUAAAGCAGUCUCUGAAGUGAAGGCUAAAGCCGCUGUCCCUUGGAACAUUUCUCCUUAUUCUAGCGGUGCACCCGGUGCGUCAUUGACGUCAACGUCUGUGGAUCCUCAGACACAAAGUUCACAAUUACUGUGGGACGAGGAAGAACUGAUGUUUGAGGAAAUGUCGAAUCCUCCUAAGGGUAAGGGUAAAGAGAAAGAUGUUGGAAAACGACGAGCAUAUGUCCGGGUCGUGACCAGUUUGGGCGGUUCGCUUAACCUGGAGUUGUAUUGUGACAAAGCACCAAAAACUUGUUAUAACUUUCUCAUGCUUGCGAGAGCAGGAAAGUAUGACGACUGCCUCUUUCACAGACUUGUCCCUGGUUUCAUGGUGCAAACGGGUGACCCUACUGGUACAGGCUCUGGUGGGGAGUCCCACUGGGGUACUCCUUUCCGAGACGAGCAUGAUAUGAGAGGUGCUGCUAAACAUGAUAGUCGUGGUAUCGUCGCCAUGGCCAACAAGGGCGCUGGCACGAAUGGGUCGCAAUUUUACGUCACAUUCAGAGCUACGCCGAACCUCGACAACAAGCACACUGUCUUCGGCAAAAUUGUUGGAGGAGACGACGUCCUCGAUGCUCUGGAAAAACUUCCUCGUAAAGACGGAACAGAACGCCCAUCGAAGCAGGUUCGGAUAACGGAAGUUAUUAUACAUCAGGAUCCCUUUGAAGCGCAUAAAUUACGACUCGCAAGAAAACUCGCUCGGCGUGCAGAAGCACAAGAUGAUGCCAAGAAACAGCCUGAAAAGACUCAAGGGGAUGAUAUUAAUUGGUUUGGGGUCAAAGUCGGCACUGGGGACUCGGCAUUUGGUGGGGGUUCUGCAGGUGCGGGAGUUGGCAAGUAUCUAGGCGUCAAGAGGUCGUUGGAUCAGGUAACACCUGGCGUACAAGUCAACGACGUUGGCGACGAUGCCAAGAAGAAACGAAAAAUAGGAUUUGGAAACUUUGACAGUUGGUAGUAAAACGAUUCUGUUGACUUGCUCUAGUGUCUGAUAUUUGUAUCAUUAUCUGCCAUCCUACUGUAGUGUCGUAGUAUCUUUAGAU